UGCAAUUCUAAAGGAUAAAGCCCCAUGACUUUCCAAUGCGAAAUCUCUUUCCAUAGCAAAAUCUGCAAGGCUGGGACUCGCGGAGAGUAGAGGCAGUGGCGUCGAUGGCUGCCUUUAGCAUAGGCAUCGCUCCAACGAUUGUUGCUGCUGUUUCUGCUACGAGGCUGAACUACACUCGUUCCAGAACCAGAAUUUCUUGCAUUGGAUGGGAUCCCGAAGGCGUGCUUGGACCACCCCAAACCGGCCAUCUUGCUAGACUUGAGUUUAAGAGACGGCUCGAGAGAGAUGCUGAAGCACGCGAAGCCUUCGAGCUUCAAGUCCGCCAAGAGAAGGAGCGCCGUCAAGCUCUUCGUCAAUCUCGGGUCGUCCCGGAUACUCUCGAGGAGCUCGUUGAAUACUUCCUUGACACUGAAGCCCAGGACAUCGAAUUCGAGAUUGCAAGAAUGAGGCCUAGCCUAAAUGAGGAAUUCUUUGAGCAUCUGCAACUCGAGUUAGGAAAACUUCGCUUUGCUGUUUCGAAAACCCAGGACAUGGAGGAUAGAUUGAUUGAGCUGGAAGCUCUGCAGAAAGCCUUACAGGAAGGAACAGAAGCCUAUGAUAAGAUGCAGAAUGAACUUAUCACAGCCAGGGCUAGCCUAAGCAGGAUAUUGUCAUCAAAAGAUGUGAAAGCAACUUUACUAGAGAUGGUCGAGCGCAAUGAAAUCAAUAGAUCCUUGUUGGCUCUUCUUGAUGAAAACAUAGCAAAUGCACACGAGGGUAAUCAGAAACAAGCGGCAGAAUUCAUGGAGAAGCUCCGUGGGGCUGUUGUCAAGUACGUUACAAUGUAGUGUAGUAUGGUAUCAUUUACGUUUUCUUCUUCACCAUAAAGAUUUCUUUUUAACUUUCGAGGCAAACUAUGCUGUUAAGAAGAUAAUAAUUGUAAAAUUUGUAGCCGCGAGCCUUUGGUGUAAAUUUUACCAUAGCAUGGUAUAACACGCGACCACAGAGGUUGGAAUUGGAAAUCAAACUAUUUUGUAAUGGGAUACGGUAUACACUUGACAGCUCGAUGGAGAUUGAUUUUACUUUUACCAA